UGAGAAACAUAUGGUUGGCUGUUGCAACAGUAGGCCACUAGAGAAGCUCACUGAACAUGUACAUCUCUCGCUGAGAUCUCUGUGAGACGUGAUAAGUUGGCUUCAAGUUAAUCUUUGGAGUGAUGGUAGAGACUUUGUGUUUGCCAAGCAAAAGGAUUACUGGAUGCUCAAAUUAAGUUUUGGCCUUGUGCUAACUUUAGGAGUGGACUCCAAGUUUCCUCAUGAAACAGAACUUGAUAAACCGUGACUUUGUAUGCGAGAGAAGAUCUGACAGGAAGGUAAUUGUUGAACUGCAACAGGGAGACAUAGGACUGAGGAAAAGGAAUUGUGAGCAGCAAGCCAACCCAAGGAUUCCUGGAUUAAGAUGUCUCUCGAUUGCCAAUCACUCAAAGAAUAUCAGUGUGAACCAAGAGCAAGAACAACUUCUGAUAACCCAGCACAAGGUUACCUGGUGUUCCUCUUCCUGACCCAAGUCCCACCAGGUUUGCCCCACUUGGGGCGUCCGGCUUACCAGAAACCACAAAUUGAAAAUUUCGGGAGGUUUCCUUGGAGGCUACUGGUGCGGUUUGUGGCAUUGCAUUAACUUGUUGGAAGGCUCCAAGAGUAAGUCAACCUUGAUUCUUAUUUUAGUUACUAAAGCCAUGGGGAGGGGGGAGCUAGUAGCUGUGGAGAGUCCCAGAGAAUGGGGAAGGGGCUGUCACUCUGGAAUUGAAGUAACACCUGUUGAUAAACAGGAUGUGAUGAGCCAUCUAUGCCUAGGUCACACACCUACUAGCUUCUGGGACAGUGUCCAAAUGAGCUCCCACACUAUCUCCAAGGGGUUCUGUCAGUCAGUCUAGCUGGAGAUAGAACACUGAAGGAACUCAUGCAUAGAUUCUCCCUAAAAGUGUUGGUUUUUGCAGCUUCCUGAUACUUUCAUCCAAGCUUUGACAUCAUAAAAUAGGAGACUUGUUCCGUACCCACAUGCUGUAGUUUCCUGAUCAUGAUCUUUCAUGCAGGCAUGUGAAUAUGUCGCCUGUCACCUUAAAAAAAAAGCAGUAGUUUGUAUAGCAUACAUUGCUGCCGUACCACCCAGAACUAUUAAUUUUGGACCACAUCUGAAAAUCACUAUGACAUCUCAGCUGGGAGCUCUUUGGAUGUAAAAUUCCUUUCUCCUUUAAAGAAUGUACAUACCAGACGAAACACAUGGAAACAGUUCAUGAAACUGCACCUCAAAAUACAGAAGGGCAGUGUGGCUUGGUGGUUUUUGUUACCCGUGAUACUUAAGGGUUUGAAUCCAGCUUUUGGCAACAUGUUGUGUCCUUUGGCAAGUUACUUGACCCCAACAUGGCUCUCUCCACUUAAGAAAAUAAAUGACUUCUUGCUAUGUGCUGGAAUCUAGUCCAGGCAGACAUGAAAUAGUCCCAGUUGCAACCCAGAGAUGGUGAGCCACACUGAUUCAAGACAGACUCAAUUUUAUUUAUGAGUUGUUAGGAUCUAGGGAUACCUUGUAUAAUCCAUGCCUUUAAGAUUGCUACUUAUCUUGACACAUCACAGUUUUUUCUCAAGUGUCCCUCUUGAGAUUGUCCUGGUGGUUUUUGUAACCUCCCCCUUAAUAGAUCACCGUGUAUUAGUUUGAUUUCUGUGUAUUGGUCCUGUUGCUUCUCUUUUCAUUUUCCUCAUGGGUGAUGUUGCACAAAAGGAAGUAAGUAAAAUUGUUCCUUUAUCUUCCAGUGUGUCGGUAUUCUAGGUUUUAAUCUCCUUAUUUCACAAGAGUCUCUAAGGAGGAAAUUUCCACUAUUACUAAGACAGCUAAAGCCUGCUAUAUUUAGCCUCUUUCAUUGGUGCAUGGCCCUCUCCAACUUGUCGAGUUGUUGGCCCCAGUCCCACAUGCCGUUUCCACUCAGUGACACAGAGUCUUUGAGCUGAGGUUCAGGGCUUUCCCCAGCAGCCAAUAUUGAACACUUCCGUUCCUUCCUGCUUCGUCUAACCAUCUUCAUUGAGCGGCCAGGUUUCCUGUCACUGGUGCGUCAGCCCCGCUAGCCGGCCAAUCAGAUGGCGUGGGCUAGGACAGGUGUCCCGGAGGGGGUUUGUGCGUCAACUAGCUAGGCGUGCCCAGCUGCUGUCAGGUCGAAUAUGAUUCCAUGCCACAGCCAGAGGAAGGGACUCGUAUUUACGCAGUAGCGUUUAUUUUGUUGCUACUGUAUCUUCAGCCACAAACCCUUCGGAGAUUACAGGACUCAACAAGACCGGGUUAUGCACAUCGGGAGAUAAAAAACAUUUUGCUCGUCUCCACGGAAUUGUACUGGGGAAUCUAAAGACCAGUUUUGUUUAUUGGCAGUGACGUGCUGCUAAGAAGGGAACCAAGGAAAUCUGCGGUCAGCUCGGCAGCGGAGAGUUGUCUCCACAAGAGGCUACAUCAAGUGGGAUAAAUCCUUGCAUUUUUUUUAGUGCAGACACAAAUUUCGAUACAUCAUUUGAUGUAUAUGGGGUAGCAGCCUGUUGGUGUGGAUUAAUUGACUUGUCUCAACAAAAUAUGCAGAACUUGCUAAACGUAAUUGUGUAAAAAGCUAAGAGGAUCAUUUUACGCUUACCUGCUGUUUAGAAUUUGAAUUUUCUUGGGUGUCAACUACAUCUUAGUAGUGAAACUCAGUCACAACGAAUCAAUUUGCACAACUCAGGCAGACUGUUUUCUUUGUCAGCUCGUCUUGAAGCCGUCACAAUGUACAUAUCUCUCUAUAUCAUUGCCUCUGCGUGCUGGUUGCUGAUGGCUGCACAAGGAGGUAAUCCUGAACCUCACCUGAAGGUGAGAUUACCUUCAUCUCCAACAAAGAUUAGUUUUCUGGAAGAGCCCAGCAAUGUCCACGUGGAUCAGAACGGCCGAGUCCGCCUGCGGUGUCACCUCAGUGGUCUCCAGCCAUACCACAUAGUCACCUGGUCCAAGAACAACCAAACAAUCAGCAAGGGAAAGCAACUAACAGGGGACAGAUUCAUGAUUGAUCGUCAUCGGUACACAAUUGCUGGCGGAUACAGGAGGGGUUACUAUGACUUGCGAAUAUGGGACGUUGUGAGACUGGACACAGGGAACUACUCCUGCAGUGUUUACCAAGCGCCAACUUCAAACUCUAGCAGGAGUGACCAUGGGCCACUGCUUCUCAAAUCACGGAUGAGUCACGUCACCGUUUACUACCUGCCGCCUUUAUCUUAUCCCGAGUGUCCAACUGAGAUGCGAUACCGGGAGAUCCAAGUUGGGGAAACAGUGCCUGUUUGCCACUCGCAAAAAGGCUUUCCACCAAUCAACUUGAAGCUGGAGAACCCACUGGAUGCCAGUAGGGUGAAGGUGGAUUCCACCAGCGUGUCUGAUUUCAUUUUCGUCACCCUGAACAUCACCGAGCUUGAAAACGGGAUGACUUACUGGUGUAAGGCUUCCAGUAAAGAUUUCCCAUACUAUCAAAGCAGGUGUCAGGUGGGACCUCUGAAUGUUGUGUACAAGCCCCGUGCCGUAAUUCGUCCGUUGAGAUACGCUAUCCACAAGACAGAAGAUGCCGUCUUUGUGUGUGAGAUAGAGUCGAGCCCAAUGUCAUCCCAGGUUAGUUGGAAUGUUCAUCCCCCAAUCGAAUCAAAUCGCAUUGAGCUGUAUGACAACAACCGGACACUACAGAUAACUGGCAUUCGAAGCGACGAUGACGGAAGACUGCUGUCAUGCACAGCGACAAACAGCCAGGGGAAUGACACAGCACACAGGGUCCUCGUAGUGAGACAGCCAGACUUCAUACCUCAUCUAGAAAUGACCCCUGCCGCAGCAAACACCAGCAUGCCAGCAAAACUUGACACAUCAAUCCCUCACUGCUGGAACUUUGCAUAUCGCAUCCUCGUUCCGACACUAAUAGGAAUUAUCGUCAUUCUUAUCCUUGUCAUAGUUGUGCUCCUGGUAAGGAGUAAAUUGUGGAUCUUCUCCAAACGACUUGAUGAGCACAGCGCUCAGACGGAAAUCAUGCGUCCUCUGACAGACUAUGAGAUUCCUCCAGCCAUAGUGCCCAUUGACAACAAACAACUUAUGCUUAAUAUCACCUGAACAAAACUGGAAAAGACUCAGAAAAAACAUUUAAGUCUCCUAAUAAUUAGCUGAAAUAAUUCACACAAGGUGUAAAUGAAAAGUAGUGAUCUUUUCCUGUAUAGGCCUAUAUAAGUGUAUUUUGUUUAAAGUUUGUGUGUAAUAUUCCACUAUCCUAUAUUAAUGUACAAAUUACUGAAAGUUACUGAGAAAAAAACACCUACGUAUUCAAAAAUGUUUUGUCUUGCUUUAUUUGAUAAAUGUGUGACUAGAUAUUUCAUUUUAUGCUCAAGAAACGGGCAGCCACAGGACAGUACGAGGCAUUUUUCGUAAGAGACAAGACAAGAAAAAACAGAUUUAACAUAUCCAUAAGAAUAGAGAAGCUGUUGCUGUUGCCUGGAUGAUAUUCCACCGUCAAGUUACAGACAUGUGAAAGUGGUGUGACAUACUUGCACCGUAAAAUUGGACUCUUAGAUUAGUAUGAACAUUGUCAGUAACUGUUCCGGCAGUUUUGUUUAAUAUCCUUUCCACAGAAUUACACUGCGCUCAUGUAAAACGGAAACAAACUAACACCACCAUGACAGACGCAAGUCUGGUUGGGGGGGGGGAUUAAGGAAAAUUGAACUAAAAAAGGAGAAUUUUAGAUUUCAAUUCAACAAGUCGUCACAGUUGACUGAUCUCAGAUUGCAGGAUUCAAGCUACAUAUACCUCAGUGCUAGAACAACACCUGCCAUAUAGCCAUCAUAAAUUGAAUAUGGCUUAGAAUUUCACCUGACUUUAUGCUAAUUGCAUGGGCAGGUGGUUGAGUGAUGUCAGUUGCUUGAAAGCUCCAUUAGUAGGCUGCUGAAAUGGUACAUGUACUUUCAGAGGACUCAGAUUCAAAAUAUUAUUACUUUCAAUUUUCUUUCCGAGUCUAUUUUUCAGAUAUUUUGAGUCCUGUUGGAGUGUUAAUUAAUUGUACAUAUGCAUGUACCUUACACGACAAAGGGCAAAUGUAACUUGUCUUUUCAAACUUGAAAUGUGUACAUACAUGUACAUGUAGCUCUGUGUGGUUUAAAAAUUGAAAGCCAUGUUAUGUUGUCAUGGUGAAAUUAAAUCAGUUGUAGAUUUCUUUUUUUUUGUCUGGAUUGUGGCAAUAAUACGAGAUAGGGUUUGUUUAACCCUAUAAAUGUUUGUAUUUCAUGAUAUGAACUCUCAUUAUGUAUUCACUAUGUGUUCAGUUUUGGUAAAUAAUGCUUGGCAAUUUUGUAGCCUAAUGUAAAUACAAUACCCCAAGUGAAAUAAAGAUUCUUGAAUGGUUAAAAAUAUGAAAGGCACACUAAAUUUUUAUUUUUAUUUCUUUUUUACUUCUUUCUGGCGGUCGUCCCUGCCCUCCAAAGGAAGUUUUAAAACCCUACAAUGUU